AUGCCUCUCCCACAAGCACAAUUAUUCGAAGAUGAAUUUCCCCUGGUUCGCACUUGUCCUGCCCUCAACGAAAUUCGCCUCACUGAGGAAAUUAAAGAUCUAACCAUUGAGGUAGCCGCCCCUGCUCUUAUCCCUCGUUACACUGAAAUUUGUGGUGUAGGUGAAGGACGGAGUCGCGCUUCACGCACACAGGAUAAUACUAGCAGCCCGCAUCCCUUCAUUUCGAGCGACCCUCAGUGGUCCUCUCAGGGAGGGAAAUUCGGUUCUAAGAUGGCCGACAGUGCCUGUGAGGUAAAUAUUCCGCGUGUUAUCGGCUUUCAUUGUUAUUUAUGCAUUUUUUAGCCUAGCGACAACACUAAUUAACUAUGCGUAUACCGGUCAGGUGGAGAUUACGCAAACAAAUGUGGAGGGCAUAGUUAUGUUUGCAAGGAUGGUCAAGCUUCCUGUGCUUGAGACUUGGGCAGUGAAAUUUAUGCUCAACAAGUAGAUAUUCCCAAUUCGUCCUGUUUACCUCUUCGUCCCUAGUGUCAAUUUGGAGAAUCUGGCAGCCACAUGGGACAUUGCCAGGUCUUUGAAGGUGGGAGUACUGACGGAAGCCUGCGUCCAACGAAUGAGGGAGGGCUUUGAGAGUUUCAUUUAUAGUGACCUAUUUGUUCGCUUGCCAGCGGAUACAGUGCUCAGUCUGCUUCAAAGCGCCAGUCUGCCAGUUAAUUCUGAAGAACAAAUUCUGGCAGCCAUUUCGCGUUGGAUAUGCCCUAGCGGAGAGAUUGAUGAUGAGAAGUUGAAGUUACACGCUCCGGGAAUGUUGAAAGAAGUCCAGUGGGACCGGACGACUGUGCACUUCCGCAAACGCCUAUUGGAGCGUUAUCCAAUGUUCACGGAUAAUCCCGGAUGUGCGUGAGUAUAUGCGGUUCGAGUUUGUUAUUUUAUUAAUGGAAGUCGACUUAUACUUUCAGUUGAGCAGUGGAUAGGCGCUGCAGACAAGGACGAGCUUCCGCGUCCCUUUACUAAACACAGGAGACCAUCUCUGGCAUGCUUUCUCUUUGGAAAGGAUCGAAGUGGCGACAAGUGGUCUGUCCUCCGUUUUGACUCACACCUGCAAAAUGAAAAACGAGUUGCCGACAUGGAAAUGCGCUAUGGCGCCACGUACAGUGUCGUGGGGGUGAGUUGACUGACAUACUUUCACCUAAAUUAACAUUCUAAUUAUAAUAUUUCGGAUGAUUCUAGUAAUCCAGUUUGCUCAUUUUCACAUUAUAUAUCUGUCGUCUGAUAUUUUGUGCAGCUAAUUCCCUCCAUCAGAAUUUUUGUGAAGAAAUUCAAUGAUUUAUGCUUUUCCGAAUUACAGCACUCUCGUGUCCCAUAACGGACUGAAUUUUAGUGAUGGUGAUGUCCGGAUCAGUUUAUGUUAUGGUACAAUGUGUACGUCGUUUUAAAAUACCUGUGGUCAAUCAGACUCGCCAAAGAUUAUCUGGCGGUCAAGGAUAUCGGAUCACACUGUCAAACUGUAACAGGGAGUGGACAGAUUUCGGAUACUACUGACUCUGUGUUGCAUCUGUAGGAACAGAAAUUUUUAGUUAUUCUGAUAGAAAUGAAGACUGCAGUUCAUGAAUAUAAAUGCUUUAGUCAAUACUUUAUAUUGGUACAGGGAACCGUUUAGUGAGAUUGUCUGACACAGUGAUGGCGCAGGUGACAGUCUGGGACAUAUACAUGUCUAGUCCGAGUUGCCGGAGUUGGAGGGUGGUAACUGGUUUGCGAGACUCCACACUGCCGAAUAUAGACUGACGGUUCUUGCCUAGGGAUGAGCACGGUAGUCAAUAAUUCGUGCACGCUGACCUUCAUUGUAUUCCCUCAAGAUGAUUGGACGGCCGGUACUGCUUGUGCUGGCCUACUGAGUCUUGAGAUUUUCACACGGCUGUUUUGUGUUUUCAUAUGAUGGCCACCCCAACAGCGUCCCAACUGAAGCGUUGGGCAUUUUCUAGUGACUUUGCAAUGACGACGACAGCGCCUGGUGCCAACAGAUGGCCAGUUGGUGAUGUUAAGUAAGAAUGUCAAUGUGCCGAUGCCUGUGUGGGCAACGUACAAACAGGGACACUGAAUAAAUGGAAUACGAAAGAAGACACUGGCCAUGUGUCUUAGUAGAAAGAAUGCUACUCGCAAGCAGAAUGCUGGCUUGUGCAAUAUUUGUAUACCAAACUGGUUUCAAUAAGAAGGCAUGCCUUGUAUAAUUUCCUAGGAAAUUAAUGCGCGACCUUGGAGUAAACCUUUCGGAACAGACUUUUUCAGGAACGGUCCGAAAUUCGAUAUGAGUAUUUGGACUAAAAUCCAUCACCUACUGCGGAAUAACCAAGUAAUAUUCUCAAAUCGCCUACAGGUAGCCAUUAGUAUAGAACUGUGUAAUUAUUUACCGUGGUAACAACACAGGCAUCAGUUAAAAGCCCAGACAGCGUGUUUCGCCGAUCUAGUGCCGCUGCCUGGCGCAGCUGCGGGGGGUGCGGCCCAUCAGUUGGUCCCUCAGCUUUCCCCGUGUGUUUUCUUGUAUAUAAACUCCAGUUUCAACUUGUCCUUUUUAAGUUCCAAGGAAAUAAAUGCGCGAACUUGAAGUAAACCUUUCAGAACAGACCUUUUUGUGAGACUGGCUGACGCAGUGACAGCAUAGGUGACAGACUGGUACACCACCUAAACCGUGAAUUUUAGAGGUGUUCGACUUCUGCACGGAUGAGUAACAAAGGCCUAUGAAUACCCUUCUCAACGCGCCAAACACUGAAUACGCCUCCGAAGCAUUUUAAGUAUAUUUAAAAAUGUAUGUUCUCAUUUACAUUACCCUUUAAAUGUGUAUUGAUAACAGUCAACAUAUACAGUGCUUUACUAUAAAAUAGAAACAAGUGAAGAGGAAGAGUCGAGCACCGGACCAAUUCGUUUUUUAUCCUGAGCUUUCAGACUCGUACAGGAGUCCAUCCUCAGAGGUAGUGACAGAAACAGGAUAGGCGACAGUUAUAAGGCACGUAGACCCAAUCAUCGACCGACGUCGCACGACUGGAGGUGACCACGAAGGGCUCUGUACGCCGGCGCCAGAUCGAUAAAUCGAUUGACCGAGUUCUCAUCCGAGGCCCAGGCUUCAAUCAAUUCUCGGCCUGUCUUGUUUCCGGCGUGGGCGACUAUUUUGUUGGCUGCGAAGUCAAACUCGUGACCCAUUUCGUAGGUGUGGGCGGCCACUUGUGAUAGUGCGUCGCCUCGCCGUACAGCCACCUUAUGUUCGUGUAUGCGCGCUCCGAGCAUGCGUCCAGUCUGUCCUGUGUAGUUGCAAGGACAAUUUUGACACGGAGUGCGAUACACUACUCCAGAUUGCUCUUCAGGUUUUAACCGGUCUUUAAUUUUCAUGACCCUGCUGCGCAUGGUGGCUUUGGGGCGGUGUGCAAUUCCAACACCUAGCUCCGCAGCAAUGCGCUCGGUCGUUUCUGAAACACCCUUGAUGUAUGGCAGAGAAUGCCAUAUCGUCGGUGGCGUUGAUGUUCGAGUUCUCGGGUGGCGACCGCGUAGGCAGCGACUCAUGAAUGCCUUUGGAUAGCCAUUUUGCACAAACUGGUCGCGAAAAUAACGGGCCUCACGUGCUCUGUCCUCCGGUUUGCUGCAAUGACUUUGGAUCCGUUUGAAGAGCGUCUUCACACAGCUUCCUUUGUGAGCCACCGGAUGGUUGCUGCGAAAACUCAGACGCUGUGUGAUGUCCGUAGCCUUCCUAUAAACAUAGAAACACGUAUAUAUCGUAAAUACGCAUGUUUGCGUCUACCGUUCGCUACUCUGCGACCGUCCAAGGCAUGUCAACGUCUGACAUAUCAUAAUCAGCACAUCUCGAUCCUCGCACGCUGGUGUGCUCUGGUAGUUCUCCGGUGUCUGAUUCGCUGGCGAAAGAUGCGCUCGGGCGCCCGCUGGGUAAACAGGUCGUAAGCAUAGCUACCCAGUCAUCCAGGUCUUUUUUGUUGUUGUUUUUGUCGUUUAUCAAAUUCCUCGUCAAGCGUUUGUUGUGGAGUGAAGCCCCCAUGACAUUCGCCUUUGUCCACCCCGUCUACGACCUUCUUGACUCUGUCUUGGCCCCAGGCCCAAAUGGAGGAGAGAGAGAGAGAGAAAGUUUAAUGAGCCCAGUUAUUUGAUACCGCGACCCCAUUUUAAGACUAAGUCGAGAAAAUCCAAGCAAAUAGGCCGCGUUAGAACGGACUUGAUCGAAAGUGCCGUCCAGAGAGGAACGAAGGCAGUGGAUGAAGGGUCAGUUAGUCAAGUUGAAACUCACACCAGGUCGAGUAUCCGCGUAACCGUUGCACAAACUCCAAGAUAAACAAAAGUGCAUAAAUGCGAGUCUGGGAAGCGCUUAACAAAUAGAAUAACUAUAAAAAGUUGCAUAUAAACAAAAUAUGACGAAGGGUUGCUACAGGAGUGCACAAGUCAACAUUUCCUAUAAACUAAUUCACACACAAAUCACCGUGCCUGUUUUCAUUCGACUGUGGAGCACACGGUAGACAUCGUCGGAUGCGACGGUCAAAUUAUCAUUCUGUGCCCGUCCACGUCUUCCCUGAGAUACUGAACUCUCGUUAGCGCGUCUUCUGUUUGACACUGACUGUUAUGAUACCACUUUCUUUAGUUGCAAGAGGGUAUAAUGCAAUAAAAUUGCGGUGCAAUCUCUCUCUCUCUUAAUCAGGUAUGUACUGUGUAUACAAGGUAAAUUAAAUGAGUGCUCAGAUAAUAGAUAAUACAGUAAUGUACCGUAUAGAGUAGAAAAAUAUACACAGUGCUAAAAUUUAUGUGCGGGUGCUUGCCGAUAACGAUGUUUGAUGAUGAUGAUGAUGAUGAUGAUGAUGAUGAUGAUGAUGAUGAUGAUGAUGAUGAUGAUGAUGAUGAUGAUGAUGAUGAUGAUGAUGAUGAUGAUGAUGAUGAUGAUGAUGAUGAUGAUGAUGAUGAUGAUGAUGAUGAUGAUGAUGAUGAUGAUGUAGCAGGCUGUUCAGUGACACCGUGAUGGGGGGUGUGUCUGUAAGGAGAUGAUAUGGUCAGACUUGGUUAUGUAGCCCCACCUGCAGAAAAGGAUCCCCAGCCACCUGUAAUACAGGAUUUGCGGUAAAAGGGGUUUUUACGGGUGGGGCCGGCAACGCACAGGCGAGGAGCUCAAGUAAAUGAAAAGCUAUUGAGAAUACGCGGUUGUACUUUGAGUGGUUGAUAAAUAGUUGCCGUUAUCCUAACCUCCAACACUGACUCCUAACUCUAAACCCUAAGCCUACCCCCUUACCCAGACCGCAACAGUAUUGUCUUCACCAGGCGGGUCUACAUAACCACAUCUCACCGAUGAUAUAUAUCGUCUGUCUUACAUCAGAUUUGUUUAGUGAAUCAGACACCUCUAAAGCUGGUUGCCCACAUCUUAGGCACAUUUUGUAUUUUUCCUUCCCGUCACCAAGGAUGAAAGAAUUUUCGUGGUUGGAGGGCAGACUACAGAGCAGAUUGGCUCAAACUGCGUUGACGAGUUCCUGGUGGAGGAAAGGCGCUGGCUCAAGCGGGCGCCCCUUGCCAUCCGACGCCGAGAUCACGCCGCCGCAGUCGUGAAGAUUAAAACCGCGGACAGGGAGGGUGGAGAGGAAGCAUUAAUUGGCGUUUUUGGUGGGUCUUACAAGGAAGGCGACACCUGGACAUUCCUUUCGUCAUGCGAAAUUCAUGACGUCAAUCAGGCUAGGUGAGUAAUUUUUUUAGAAGCUGUUGGUCAUCUCUCUCUUUCUUCUGUACUUGAUCUUCCUCAAAUCGCCCCAACAGAUGGCAUAAAUUACCUGAUCUGCGGGAGAAGAAAAACGCCCCAGCUGCUGUCUGCCUGCCCGGCGACAAUCGCGUCUUCGUUUGCGGCGGUUGUGAUUCCUCCUCCGUGGUUGCCACCGUGGAGGUCUGUCGCCUGCGAGCGGACUGGCGGCACGUGGAGGCGAGUUCAGUCGGCACCGAUGACUUUUGGCUACCGGCUGCACCCAUGCGAAAUGCGCGUGCAUUUCUGGCAGCGGCGCCCUUCAGAGGAAGGAUCAUUGCUGCCGGUGGACAGAAGAAUGGAAAAGCUGUCGACAUUGUAGAGAUAUUCUCACCACCAGAUGCCAUAUGUCCGCUCGGCCAAUGGACAGCGCUCGCUAGGAUGAAGCAUCCUCGCUCGUCGCCCGCCAUUCUCACAUCCGCGGACGCUGUCUUUGUUCUUGGUAAUGCAUACGCCUUUGUUCCAGAUUGAUGCAUAUAAAAAUCUAUUGAUCUGGUUCGAUCCAGCGCCUUUUUUGACCCUUUUAUACGAAAGUAGAAACAUCGAAAUAUCCGUAUCUACUACUGGUUGUGGGUAAUUCGGCACUUCGGCAAUUCGGAAAUCUGACUUGAUCUAUUAUUUCCGAUUUUUAAUCCAGCAUUAUUAAAUUCCUUUAAAAUUUGUAGGUAGCACUAAAGAAUUCCGGAAUACGGUAGAGGCACUCUCUGCACCCGAAGGCCCUGUUGACUUCAGCAAUGACUUGACCUCCUGGAUCUGGUCUUCAAAGGGCUCAGUGGAAGCGCUUUGCCAUGUUGUUGGAGCUGCAAAAAUUCGCACUAAAACUUGUGCGAUUUUGUGA